CUUUGUUCUCUCCCCUCCAGCUCGGCGCCAACGCCCUGCUCUUCCUCAGUGUGAACAUGUACGGGGUCUUUGUGAGGAUCCUGGCUGAGCGCUCCCAGAGGAAGGCCUUCCUGCAGGCCCGGAACUGCAUUGAGGACCGGCUGAGGCUGGAGGAUGAGAAUGAGAAGCAGGAGCGGCUGCUCAUGAGCCUCUUGCCGCGGAACGUUGCCAUGGAGAUGAAGGAGGACUUCCUAAAGCCCCCGGAGAGGAUUUUCCACAAGAUUUACAUCCAGCGGCAUGACAACGUGAGCAUCCUCUUUGCAGACAUCGUGGGCUUCACGGGCCUGGCGUCGCAGUGCACAGCCCAGGAGCUGGUGAAACUCCUCAACGAGCUCUUCGGCAAGUUUGACGAACUGGCCACGGUAAGCGAAGCCGCUGCUUUUGUUCGGGUGGAGACCCCCAUGCUCCUUCUCCUCUGGGCACCAUGCCCAGCCUCACAGCAGGGGCAGCACAAGGCCCGGCUUUCCUGUCCUCGUGGCGUCCCGGGAGCAGACAGCGGGGACCCAUCCCCACGUCCUGUGUCUGUUUGCUGCAGGUCCGUGGCCGAGGCCACUGAGGUGGACCUGAACAUGCGUGUGGGGCUGCACACCGGCAGGGUCCUCUGCGGGGUCCUGGGCCUGCGCAAGUGGCAGUACGAUGUGUGGUCCAACGAUGUGACCCUGGCCAACGUCAUGGAAGCCGCCGGCCUGCCUGGGAAGGUUCACAUCACAAAGACCACCCUGGCGUGCCUGAAUGGUGACUAUGAGGUGGAGCCGGGCCAUGGACACGAGAGGAACAGUUUUCUGAAAACUCAUAAUAUCGAGACCUUUUUUAUCGUGCCCUCACAUAGACGAAAGAUAUUUCCAGGGCUGAUUCUCUCGGACAUAAAACCGGCCAAAAGGAUGAAGUUCAAGACUGUGUGCUACCUGCUGGUGCAGCUCAUGCACUGCCGGAAGAUGUUCAAGGCGGAGAUCCCUUUCUCCAAUGUCAUGACCUGUGAGGACGAUGACAAGCGGAGGGCGCUGAGAACAGCCUCGGAAAAGCUCAGAAACCGCUCCUCUUUCUCUACAAACGUGGUCCACGCCACCCCCGGGACACGCGUCAACAGGUACAUCGGCCGCCUCCUGGAAGCCCGGCAGAUGGAGCUGGAGAUGGCGGACCUGAACUUCUUCACCCUGAAAUACAAGCAGGCUGAGCGAGAGAGGAAGUACCACCAGCUUCAGGACGAGUAUUUUACCAGCGCCGUCAUUCUGGCCCUCAUUCUGGCCGCCUUAUUCGGCCUUGUCUACCUGCUGAUAAUCCCGCAGAGUGUGGCCGUCCUGCUCCUGCUGGUGUUUUGCAUCUGCUUCCUGGUGUCCUGUGUCCUGUACCUGCACAUCACCCGGGUCCAGUGUUUUCCAGGAUGCCUGACGAUCCAGAUCCGCACCGUCUUGUGUAUCUUUGUAGUCAUCUUAAUCUACUCUGUGGCCCAAGGAUGUGUGGUGAGCCUGUCUGCGGGGGCUGGGCGUGGAGAGAGCUGCGGCCUCGUGGGCGCCCUCCCGCUGGCCGUGUUCCUGCGGGUCUCCUCCUUGCUCAAAGUGAUCCUGCUCGGCGUGCUCACCACGUCCUACAUCCUGGUCCUGGAGCUCAGCGGGUACACAAAGGCCGUGGGGGGCGGCAGCAUCUCCGGGCGCAGCUUCGAGCCUAUCAUGGCCAUCCUGCUGUUCUCCUGUGCGCUGGCCCUGCACGCCCGGCAGGUGGAUGUCAAGCUGCGGCUGGACUACCUCUGGGCCGCGCAGGCGGAGGAGGAGCGGGACGACAUGGAGAGGGUGAAGCUGGACAACAAGAGGAUCCUCUUCAACCUCCUGCCGGCCCACGUCGCCCAGCACUUCCUCAUGUCCAACCCCCGGAACAUGGACCUGUACUACCAGUCGUACUCGCAGGUGGGGGUCAUGUUCGCCUCCAUCCCCAACUUCAACGACUUCUACAUCGAGCUGGACGGCAACAACAUGGGGGUAGAGUGUCUGCGCCUCCUGAACGAGAUCAUCGCCGACUUCGAUGAGGUAAGGCCCGUGUCUGCUCACAUCCAGGCGAAGAAGUGCAUCUCCUCCCACCUCAGCACGUUGGCAGAUUUUGCCAUCGAGAUGUUCGACGUCCUGGAUGAGAUCAACUACCAGUCUUACAAUGACUUUGUGCUCCGUGUCGGUACCAACGUUGGCCUCUUUGACAUCAGCCAGGGGGAGAACGCGGGCCCCCAGAUGCCCUCAUACUCCACACGCUUCUCCACUUAUGUGGAGCCAACCCAGCCCCCAAUGCCUGAUCAGAGCCCUCCCGUGUCCCCGUCAUGCUGUGCAGCGAUGUAG